CUCAACAGCAACCUCAACGCCGCCAUCGUCACCAUCGCCGUCGGUCCCGAACAACGUCUGUUCGCCGCCCACGAAGACGUCCUCAGCAAAUCAGAAUUCUUCGCCGAAGCCUGCCGCGCUCAAUUCUUCUCCUCCGCCGGUAAACGCAUCGAACUCCCACGAGAAACGCCGGAAGUCUUCUCCGCCAUCCUCGAGUACCUUUACAAAGGCGACUAUACGCCGAAGAUCAACUUCGACAAGAAACGCAACAGCUGGUACCUCGAGCACGUCGAUGGCGGGACGGCCACAGGUCUGAACGAGAGUACAAUCUUCACACCUUCCGGCGUGGCCGUACUCAAGGACACGGUCAUCUACUGCAGCGCUCAUCGAUACAACCUCCCCGAACUGCAACGUCUGGCAUUGAAGAAGCAAGGUCUACAGUCCGGCGUGCAGUGCAGCACGAUCUUGUCGUCAGCGAGGUUUGCUUACGCGAAUACCUCGGCUACAGACUCAAAGUUGAGGGCUCAUUACCUAGCUUUGAUCAUUCGCAGUCGGAGCACGUUCAAGCGUAGUGGUACGAUGCAGAUGGAAAUGGAGGCGGGUGGGUCGCCGUUGUUUUUUGACCUAUUUGUUGCGAGUAAGUCACAU